AUUAAAAUAAACAUUUAUUACACUAAAGGUUUUAUUUAAUGAAUGUUAAGAUAUUAAUAUAUAUUAUUCACCGGCUCCGUUCUUAAUAGCCGCCUCUCACCAUUGUCACCACUAAGCGGUAGACAUUAGUGUCAACUAUAUAGCCACCAUAUGAUGUCUAUACAAUAUACAUCCGUUCACUAACAAAAUCGUAUACUCUUAAUAUACCCAUUAGAUGAUAUCCGUAAUUAAAGAAGAAUACAUUAGUGAAUAACCGAUAUUAAGUCUAAUAAUUGUCGCAGGUAUUGACACGUCAAUCAAAUAAAUACAACAAUAUAUUGCCAUUAGAUAAAAUGCCAUUAGGAUUAUUCGAUAUUCGCACGACUCGUGUCGCCAGGAUGUCGCAUACAUACUUUUAAUAGCCACAAUGGCAUUUAUAUUGAUUGACAAUAAGAGACAUUAAGUAGUUAUUAGUGAAAAAACACAUUAAAACCGAUAUUAGUACCUUCUGCCGGACGUAUACAAUUAAAUAUCAAUUUUUCAGUAUUAUCUGCCCCACUAAAAUCGCUCUUACCUAUUAGUGAUCCUUGACUGAAAGAGCCGAUAGUCUUUUAGUCCGUCUACUACGUUACACCGUUGUGCACGUAUACGCUCCGUCUUUAAAAUUUUUAGUGAGUUACAAAGUGUUUAAUAUCUUUUAAAUCAGUACGUUUUAAACCGGUGUACACGUAUACGCUCCGACUUAAAAAUUUUUUUUUUAAGUAUUUAUUUUCUUUAAAAAUUAUUUGCUUUUAACCAUGGCUGGUUCAAUUGGAAACAUGACUGCAUUAUACAAGAAAAAAUUUAUAUACGUUCCGCCUACGCCACCGUCCGAACUCAUUGAAUCUGCAAAUUUCACGAUCAAUUUUACUGAACGUAAGUUUUUACAUGUCGGUCUGAAUCCUACAGAGAAAUUCGAUGUGUCCAUACUAAUAAUUACACCUUCGCGUUUCGUUAAAAUAUCUGUGGACCUCUUAAGACGUAUUUUUUCCCUGAUGGGGAAUAUAUUGUCGUUUAUUUUGGAUCAACCGCAAAAAUACAAGCGGAAUUUAUUUCUGGAAACAGAAAUUAUUUCGAUGUCUAGUAUGGUGUAUCAAGGGGAAAAUAUGCUUGUCAUCGAAUCAAAAACACAAGCCGGAUGUCGAGUAUUGCUAAGUCGCACAGAUUUAAUGAAAUUGCAAUAUUUAGAAUGGUCGAUUAACGAAACAGUCGUUCGAAAGUCAACCAUUAUACGACCACUUGUCUUAAAACAGUUUGAGACUAUGGGUAAUUAUUUGGACCAGGAAUUUACCAAAGUUGAUUCACCACCAAAGACACCCGAAGAAAUGAUCGUUUUUAUCAACAAUUUAAGUGAUGAUAAAAUUAUUGGAUCCACUCCUAAAGAAGACAUUAAUUUCAUCAGUCAACUGAAAAUGUAUGCUUUAUCUCAAUUAGCUGAACAAUGGGCGCAACGAUGGAAUGGAGAAAUGUCACCAGAGUUAUUCACCGAAUCUGAAAUGAGGCUCAUUUCACCCCCGAGAUAUUCGAGUAUGUCUCCAAUGCACGAAGACCUUUCACAAGCAAGGGUAGCUGACGAGGAACGUGGUAUCGAUGAAUUUUUAACACAGGCGACAUGGGCACCAGCUCGGAAAACAAAACUAUUGCCUAUUGAUGAUCCUGGCAGUCUACCCGCAUCGUUUGAUUCAGACAAUUUUGCACAGCCCCCUCCGUGGUAUACAGCGCCUCAAUAUAUUGAAUCUUCACCACCAAGUCCUGCAGUUGAUGAGAAUGACGGUCCAACGUCUUUCAACCUCUCACCAUCAUCCCCUCCAGCUCUUCUAGGAUUCACGGGUCAAAAGUUGGCAAAAAAAAAACCAUCUAUGCGGAGCGUAAAACGCAAACUAUUUUAAUAUUUGUACUAAAUUGAUGUGAAAAUAAAAAUCAAGCGUGAUACUUAAAACAAGUUUUUUCAUUUAUUAGAAUAUAAGGCACAAAAUAGUUAUAAGGUAUAAAAUAUUUACAAGGUAUAAAAUAGUUAUAAAAUAUUUACAAGGUUUACAAUUUUCUAACAUCGCCACUAAACGGGUUGUAAGUUAUAAUCUGGUCAUGUAGUAUUAAACAAUAUGCUGCAGUUUUUUCUGGUAUAACUGUAUCCGUUUCAAAUUCAAUACGUAGAUCUAUGGUCGACGACUUCACAUUAUCGUUUUGACGUGAUAAAUCAACUACGACGAUUGGAACGUAGUUUUGAAAAAUGUGUUUUGAUAAUAAUGGCUCGCAAUAAUCUCGCUCAUAAUACGAUUUUUGAAAGUCUG